AUGCUUAAUACAGGAUACGGCAACGUGUGUCCCAGUUCCGAGCUAGGGAAACUUUUGCUGAUUGCCUACGGAAUCGUCGGCAUGCCGUUGGCACUCGUCACUAUGGCCGACACUGGGAAAUUCUUGAGCCGAUUCGUUACCAUAUGUUUCAAUGAGAAAUUUCGUGCUGUAUUUGUUCACCUCGGAUUGGUGGUCACCUGCGUCGCCUACAUCGUACUUGGAGCGUAUCUCUUCCAAACGAUUGAACGACCAAUUGAACUUGACCAAAAAGGACUUGAAGAGUUCUUCUCCAACAUCAGCGAACGAGGCGACAACGUCGAGCAGACCGUCGAUGCCUACAUUGAGAAUAUGCUGUUACUUUUCGAGAAUCCACAUUAUGCUCACGUAUUCGAGACACAUUUCACCAAUCAAACGCUGGACAAGGAUAUUUGGACAUUUCCAGCAUCUGUAUUAUUCACGACCACCACUAUUAUACCUGUCGGUUACGUUUAG